UAGUGUAUAAUAUUUAUACAUAUAAGUGUUUAUUCUAUUGUUGGUACUAAUGCCAUUUAUUUUUUUAAUUUUGUAAAUUUAUAAGAAAUCAUUGAAAGUAAUUGAGUUUUUGAUUCAAUAAACUUCAAAAUGUCAACGGAGUGGACUAGUGAUGGUGGUUUAAUAGUUGAUACAGAUGAUUAUAAAGAUGUAUCCAGUAAUUUGGAUGAAUACUCAGAUUUUUCUUAUGAUCAAACAAAUGGUAUGGAUUGGUAUUUUCCUGAAGUUCUUGAGUUAUGUCAAAACAGCCGAUGGUUAUUGGAUGAAAACAAUUUUUCUUUAAAUGAAUCAUCUGUUUCUGAAAUUUGUAAUAUGCUCAAAAAUACAAUUCUUUGCGAAUUUCAAACAGAAAUAUUUUUACAGCAUCCAUUAAUUAUUCAGAAAUUAAUCAAAUGGCUGAAUGAAAAUAAAGAAAAAGAGUUGAUACUGGAAUGUCUAAUUUAUUUGGUAGAAAAACUAAUAAGAAGACACUAUGAAUGUACUACCGGUUUGUGUGAAAACAAUGAAAGUAUUAAUUCCAAUUAUGAUUCUAAUUCUCAUAUUUCGAUUAGAGGAACUUAUAGUGAAUCUACAACUAAUGAUGACAUUUCACGCUGGGGUAUUGCUAAAUUUUGUGUUUUACUGAUGCCUGUACUAUUGAAGCAUGUUAGCCUUAAUAGUGGAGGAGCUUUCUGUUUGUUUAUGUCCAGCAUGCAUCUUUUAUCAUCUAUAUCUAACAGUUGUAACGUUAAUUUUUACAUAGAUUUAGUAUUUUCUGAUUAUACAAUAAAAAAUAUACUAUUCAAUGAACCUCUAUCUUCACUUAAGUUUUUAAUUAUUGCUGAGGAAAUAUUAAAACAUGGUUCACCUAAUGAGCAAUUUAAAGUAAUAAUUUGUGACAUACUUAAGCAACCAUAUUGGAUUCAUCUUUAUCCUGAAUUGUACCACCAACUGUAUGAAAAAGUUAUUAAUGAAGAACUGUUAGAACAACAAAUUAUCAAAAGGGUUGAAGAUGCAUAUAUUUUAUCAUCCACUUCCAACUUGGAUAUAACACAAUAUGCAAAUUUAUUUAGAAGUUCAUUACCUAUUAUAUGUUUCCAUAAACAAUUUAAUAUAAUUGAUAAGUUUAUUACAAACACAUGUAAAUAUGCAAAAUUAACAGAAACAACAGAUAAUCAUAAAGAAUACAGCAAUAUUUUAUUGAGUUUGCUUUCUUUUAAAUCUGUAGAUGUUGCAUUACACACAUACUUAGCGCUUAAUAAUACACUGAAGAAAAUAUUUAAUCAUUCAAACUUUGAAACAAAAAAAUUUGAACGGUUAUUAAACAAUUUACUAUGCACUAAUGUGUUGAAUGAAAUUAUAUGUUUUGGCUGCAAUAAUUCAAACAAAGAGAUAUGUCAAUCAGCAUCAGAAAUGAUAGAACAGAUAAUAAAAAACAAAAACAUAAUAAAUAAUAAUCAAUGGAAAUAUUUUUUAAAUAAUUUAGCUCCAAUCUUCCCAGUAUUAUAUUGUUAUGCUGACCAAACAUCUAGUCUGGGUCAAAUUGUUUUGGAUUUGUUUGACCCCGAUCAAGCAGAGAAACUCAAUAUUUCAAAAUUAGUACUGCUUCAUUCAACAGUUGCAAUGUUGUUCAGCAAAGAUAAAAAAUCUCGGGUUGAAGCAAAUAAUAGAAUAACAUGGAUUCUUAAAACAUCUCUAAAUAGAAACAUUGAACUGCCAAAUGAUAUUUUUUUAAUGGAAAUUGAUGAAGUAAAUGAACAUGUAGACAAACCCAUUGGUGAAUAUAAUAAAAAGGAUUUAGAUGAUAUGAUAGAUUUAAUAUCUAAUAAAUGUUCAAGUCAUCAAACUAUUAAAUGUGCUUUAUACAAAAUAUCAGUAAUACUUGAACAUAAUCAUCUUCAACAACAUUUUAUUCAUAAUGGAGGAAUGGAUAUUAUAUUAAAUUUACUUAAAUCAUCAAAACUGUUUGUUAAUGAACGUGGCUUGUUAAUUGCAUUAUUAAAAUUAACUUUAUGUUUCACAAAGAAAAAAAAAAUUAUUAAUGAUCAUAACUCAUUAGCAAAUAAUAUUGAAAUACAACUUCAAUUAAUAGCAGUUCUAUCUGAUUUCCAUGAAGUUCCACUUGUAAAACAGUAUGUGUUCCAAAUUUUUUUUUAUUGUAUUUUCAAUCAAUAUUUAACUUCCUAUGGAGAAAUACCAAAAGUAGUUGUGAAUAAAAUAAAUACUCCUAUUAAAUUCAACAAAUACUCUUAUACAACUAAUAAUUCUGAUGAUACAAUGUUAUUUUCAAGAAUUAAAGAGAACCACAAUUGUAUGGAAGUUUUAAUACUAACAUGGCAUUUGAAACAUUAUGAUAGUAUUGAUGUAUUUUUAGAAAAUGGCCUCACCGCAAACUCACAAAACGAUAUAUUCAACAAUGUUUUUCAACGUUUUAGAAAAGCCUGUAUUAAAUGGUCAGUUAAAAAAUGCUUGGUUGACUUAAUUGCUGCCCAGUCACAUCAAGUAGCAUUAGCCAUUCUUGGUGAUUUAAAAAGAUAUUUAGAAAUAAGUGUAUACAUUGAGCAAUUUGAAGUAGAUGAAGAACUAUUUGAAAAUGCAUUAAAAAAGUUUUUGAUAUUGCCUCCAAUUUUUUUAACUGAUUUACAAACAUUAAUCGUUGUUUUAAAACUAUUACAUUUUGCAUUGACAAAAAGAGUAUUAAUGAAAAAAUUAAAUUGGGUAGCUGAAAUAUUAACAAAAUCUGAAUCUAUGCAUCAUAAUUUGGCGGAUGAUUUUAAAAAAGACGAGAAAUCAAAACAAUUGUGUAAUCAAUUUUGUAUUGAACUUUAUGAAGUAUAUUGGCUUUGCUUAAAAAACUAUAGUCAUUUUUCAACUUUAAGCUUAACAAAACUAUUAUUUGAUCGAUUGGCAUCUUCAAAAAAAGAAAUUGUUUUAUUACAAAUUAAUAUGAAGUGUCUUACUUUAUUAACGGAAAAUCCAAAAAAUAUAGAUAAAGACUUUGUAAAAAUAUAUUUAUCUCAAUUUAUUUCAUUAAAAACAAUACUGAUGAAUAACUUGGAUGAAAAAAGUUUGCAGCGAAGUUAUUUAAUUGUCCUAAACCACAUCCUUCACCAUACAAUUUUAGUACCAAAUAUUUCUGAAGUAUGGUCUAUGUACGACUGGGAAACAUGGACAUGGUCAAUGAUACAUAGUACUGAUUUAUUAGUACGCGCUCUAGUCUUUCAAUUUUCAGCUGGCUUGGCAGUCAUUGAUAUUCCAGUGUCACAUAAUUUAAUUCAUCUUGCAUUAAAUUAUUUUUGUGAAUCAAGUUGCUUGGAAAAUUGUGUUGUUGCCGAGCAAGCAGCUUUAUUUUGUUCAAAUCUAUUUUGCUUCCCUAAGUUUAAAAGUUUAUGCCACCAAUGCAUUAUUAAAUUGGAUUUUGAUGCUUUUGUUCAAAUUAUUAAUUUGUGUUCAUACUACGACUAUACCAAACCUGAAAAAAAAAACUUUAUGACAUCUCCAAAACUUGUGUCCAAUAUAUGCUGCAUGUUUUUCAAUAUGUUUACAUUGACAGAAGUAAAUUUAUAUGAACUCGAUCAACAUAGUCAAUUUUUACAAGCACUUUUCAUGUGCUUAAAAAAAUAUUUGACUCCUAUGAGUAUUGAAAACCCUAAUGUCAUGGAGAUGUGUGGUCGCAUAUGUUCCGUUCUUACACUAUUUAUACCUGUUAGCAAUUAUAAUUUUGAAAAUGUAUUAAAUUCUUUAAAUGUUAUCUAUGAAAGGAUUAAUAUUAAUUUGGAUUAUUGUACAACAAUGGUUUGGAGAUCAUUAUUUAGACUGACAACAAUAGUUAUACAGUAUACAAAUUAUAAAACAUUUGUUAUAACAAAUAAUUUGAUAACUGCAUUAUUAACUAGUGUAACUUCCGAAAAUAAAGAUUUAUGUAUUGAAGCAUUAAAUCUAGUUUCUUUAGUUUGUCCACAACUAUCUAAAAAGUUUGCUCAUCGUGUUUGUAACAUUUUAAUUCAUACAUUGCUCUUGGAGUGGAAUCAUAAAUUAAAACGAAAAAUGUUAUUAACUGCAUUAUCGAACAUAUUUAUUGAGCACCCAAUCACAUAUGAAACAGCGAAGCAUGACAAUGACAUAUUACAUUUCAUCAUUUCUAAAUUGAAAAUUAUGCAGCUACAAGUUACUAAACAAUCAAAUCAAAAAUCAAAAAUAUUACAAAAUGAGUAUUUGGAAAUUGUGAAAUUUUGUUGCAAUUUAUUUCAUGGAUGUAAUGACGCUAGAGAAGAUGCUUCCGCUGAAUUACCAGAUUUAGUUCAUAAACUUUGGCCUAUUGUUGUUGCCAACCCUAAAUCAGAUAUUUUAAUGUGUACACUACAAAUGCUUGUAUCACUUACAUCUGCAUGUCCUUCUGCAUGCAGUGCAAUGACAAUGACUAGCAGUACACUUGGAAUGGAACCAAAAACAAAAUGUACUUCAUUUUCAUUAUUUCAUGAAGUAAUUACUUUAUCUACUAAUUUUAAUUUAAACGAAGAUAUUUUGAAUAUUACGCUGCUGUUAGUUUUAAACUGUUGCCAAGCUCAAGAAUGUCGUGUAACAAUUACAAAAAGUAAACUAUUGUCAAGCAUCGUGUUGGCUCUUAAUCUUAAAGACAAAAAAUGUCCAAUUAAGAUUGAACAACAAUAUUUAAAAUUUUUACUGGUUUUAACAAGUUACAACGAGGGACAAAUACACCUUUUAAAAGUUGAAAAUGUUUUGGAUACUUUAGUAGAUCUCUUAAAAUCAAAUUAUGUAAAUGAUUCUUUAGCCAUAUUGAGAAACUUGUGUUUUAAUGGACAAAACCGUGCAGUUAUUUUGUCGUCAGAUGUGUUUCUAGACGGGGUUAAAACCUUAUUAGAAACUGGAAACCCUACAGACCAAAAUUAUAAAGAUAUUAGCUUAGCCAUAUGGUCAAUUGCAUGCAACAACCAAAAAGCUCGUCUUCAACUAUGUCAUUGGGGUAUAGAUAGAUAUUUUGAAAAAUUAUCUGAUUUAGUAAUAUGUAGUGAUGAAACAAAAAGCAUUUUGAACUGUACAUAUAAAGUUCUAAAAAGCUAAACUGGACGUCAAACAUUUUUUUUAUGAAAAUAUUACCAUGCAAGACAAAAAGUUCUAAAUGUUUGCAAAUCAAAUUGAUUCAUUAAGUUAAAAUAAUAAU